UGUGAAAUCUGCAGAAAAUAGGUCUUGGAGCGGCGCGCAAUCACGAAGGGGAACGACUGAUUUCUGGGGAGGAUUCACCGAUGGCUCGGAGCGUGACGUACGUGUCGGCGGCGAAGCUGGUGUCGAUGGCGAGGGGGAACCACCGGAUGGCCGUCAUCGACGUCAGGGAUGAGGAGAGGAGCUACCAGGCUCACAUCGCGGGGUCGCACCACUUCGCCAGCGGCAGCUUCGCGGCGCGGCUGCCAGAGCUCGUGCAGGCCACCAGCGGCAAGGACACCCUCGUCUUCCACUGCGCGCUCAGCCAGGUGCGAGGCCCAUCCUGUGCUCGGAUGUUUUCAGACUAUCUGUCAGAGUCCAAGGAAGAUUCAGGGAUAAAGAACAUCAUGGUGCUGGAACGUGGGUUCAAUGGAUGGGAGGUUUCAGGGCAGCCCGUCUGCAGCUGUAAAGAUGCUCCUUGCAAAGGCACAUGUUGCUGAUGUUCCUGGUUUACCGAACUGGAUCAGAUC